GUUGGCUAGCGGGUCUCUCUACGGGACAGCCUCCUGCCUCGGUCGUCCAAUGGAUCAUUCCCGGCUAGAGAGGACGUCACAAGGGAAAUGUGCUUCGGGAAGAAGCUAAUGUUCAGCAUCUGUUUCUACCGUUUCUACAGGGGAAACGGAGAGAGAGCUGUGAGAUGGCGAGUCCCGUGCUUGUGACUCCGGAGUCCAACAGCAAAGAUAAAAGCAGCCGUCACUAUCUGGUGGUCUGGAUAAACAAUCUGCUGAAGACCCAAUUCAAAGAUGUGCGGCAGAUGGGUUCAGGUGCGUGCCACUGUCAGAUGAUGGACUUGGUCAUUCCCGGCUCUGUGGACAUGACCCAGGUGAAGUUUGAUGUGCAAAGUGACGACGACUGUAUGCACAACUUCGGUCUCCUCUGCAAGGCUUUCGACAAGAGCAGCAUCACUAAGACAAUUCCAAUCGUGGAGCUCAUACGAGGGGACUCUCAAAUCAACUUCGAGUUCAUAAAGUGGUUCAAAGCUCUCUACCUGGCCAAUCAGAAAAGGCAAGGGUACAACCCUGUGAGAGCUCGGGGGGGAAAGAAAAUCAGCCCCACUGUCGCAACCACUAACCUGCUUAUAGAGGAUUUCCAGAGCUCAUCCGGUAAUUUCCUUUUCAAUGAAAAGUGGAUGUAUAUUUACGACUGGGCCGACCAGAGUCCUCUCGGAGAUAACUACACCUACUGCCGCACCUGCAACCGCAGCCUGAAGACAUUACAGAGAGGCCCUGUUGAACUCCGGCGACAUGCGGACACUAACAAACACAAGAAAAGGACUCGAAUCUACCAGAAGACCGUGAGGCAGAGCCAGCGGUCCGAAACGCUGCCGUGUAGCGACGCCGCCGUUAGCUUCAUCAACAAGCACUGCUACACCGGCCCGGCUAAAUCUGAACACAAGGCUCGACUCUUUGCUCGCUGUCGUUUGGGGUCUCAGUAUCCCAAAGAUAUCACCUCCGCCUGCCAGCACACGCCUUACUGCCUGUACAUCUUCGGAGGGGAACCGCUGGGAAAAGACCACACCGUGUCCGUGGUCCUCGUUGGGUUUUUUGACGUUGACGCCUCCGGUCAUUGCUUACAAUUUUUGGAUGCUCUUCAGUCAGAGGACAGCACCGGAGAGAAAAAAAAAGCCACGGCGGUGGUGGAGACGGUGAAGAAGUUCGGGUUGCACACGGAUAAUCUCGUGGCUGUUUAUUCGGAUGACAAUGGCGCGGAUUCAGAGCAGAUCUGCACACAACUCAGGGAACUCAACCCCAAUAUAGUCGCUAUAGGAGGGCUGUACGCCAUCGCUGAUGCUUCCUGCCAUGCUGGGAUCAAGGCGCUCUCCAAUCAGGUCCAAGAGUUCAUGGUAGACAUGCACACCCACCACUCCUCCUGCUCUACGAAGAACGAUGACCUCACGGCUGUUUUCGGCUCAGACAUCAGUGCAGACGAUCCGUUUGAUCUCAACUCCGGCUGCCUUAAGUUCUGCCUGUUAGUCACUAAUAUAUUGGAAGUAUGGACGGAUCUCAUCGCGUACUUUAAGUCUUGUGACGGCAAAGAUGAGAAAGCCAAGUCCGUCUGCUCCCAGCUGCAGGAUCCCAAAGUCAGAGCCACGUUUCUGUUCCUGCAGCACGCUUUAAAACCUCUGCACAGUUUCCAGAGUCGCCUGCAGACGGAGGAGGAAGUGGACCGAGCCGACAUGCUGCUCAUCCUGCAGGAGGCCAGUAAACUGCUGAGCACCUACACCUCAUACUUCCUCCGUCCUGAGGCUGCUGAUCGCUUCCUCAAGGAACGAGACGCCCAAAUCCUUAAAGACAAGAGUUUCCAUCUGUCUGGUUCUGAGAUCAAUCUGGGAGGGAAAGCAGUGGAAGACUUCCUGAAGGAGUCAGAGGCUCUGUUCGAGGAGGAGGCGCUGUCUUUCUACGCCGCACUCACAGGUUGCAUUGCAGAGAAGCUUCCUCUCGGUGAGGAGACUCUCUGGAGCAUCUCUCAGCUGCUGAACCCUCGGAGCAGACAGGAAGUGACGGGGAAAUCAGUCGGGGAACUCGGGACUUCGCUGGGAAUCUGCAGCUCCGAGGAGGAGGAGGAACUCAUCGCUGAAUUCCUGGAGUACCAGAAGGCUGAGGAGGGGGAGAACUCUGCACAGGUACACAUGCUUACAAAAGAUGGAAAUACUGUUUCCCACAGUCCCGAGGUUCCUCUGGAGGAGCACUGGGCCAGCGUACUGAAGGACACUAAGCCCGGAUCAGGGUUCAGGAAGCUGGUUCUGACCCUGCUGGCUCUGCCCUGCCCGCCCCUGGAGGCGCAGCAUGUUUUUACCCAGGCUCUGGGAGCUGAAGAGGCCACGCUGUUCUCUGAGAGUGAAGCUUUAACAGAAAGUGAUUCUGAGCUCACGUCCGACGGAUUUCCCUCUGAUAACAACCGCUGCACGGACCCCCGAAUCCACUCUGAAGCAAUGAAUGGUCUCAAAGUAAAGCAUUGUGAAGUCCGCCUCACAAAGAUAAACGACGAUGAGAAUGGAGACGAUUGCAAAGAGAUGACCACUAGGGGAAGUUUUGGCUGGGAGAGCAGCUUGCGGCAGAAACCUCAGGCCCGCGCAGUGUUUCAGGCGGGUGUUAGCACCUGGUCCGCCCCCCAACCUAUUGAUCAGGACAGCAGAAAGGGUCUGGAGUCCCAGGAAGAGAGGUCUCAGGCAGAAGAAUCAUCUCCGAUCAGUAAACCCACUCCAAGAAAUCGCCGGAAACACGUCUACACGGACGGGAAGGGUUUCCUGCGCGGGGAGUUGAUCUGGGGGAAAGUGAAGGGUUUCUCCUGGUGGCCCGGGAUGGUGAUCCCCUGGAAAAGUAAAUCCUCUCCUCCCGGGAUGAGGAGGGUCGAGUGGUUCGGAGACGGGAUGUUCUCAGAGAGCUACACGGAGGGUCUCAUGGUCUUCAGUGCCUUCAAUAAGUGCUUCUGCAAAAACUCCUACGCCAGCCUGCCCGUCUACAAGGAAGCCAUUUACCAGAUCAUCGAGCUGGCUGGUGAGCGCUGUGGGAAGUCUUUCUCUGGAAAAGGAGGAACCAAAGAGAAGGAGCUGAAGCUGAUGCUGGACUGGGCCUCUGAGGGUUUCCUGCCCUCCGGCCCCAAGGGAUUCCUGCCUCCUGAUGCCGCCGGCGCACUUCAGGAAACUUCUGACUCGGCCCUGUCUGACUACCAGCCUCCACCAAAAAGGAAAUAUGUUUUUAAAAACAAGGCAAUCACACCCGCCAUCAUCUAUAACCGAGAAUUGAUAAGAGAAAAGGUCAAAGAGGAGGGGAGAACAAUUGAAGAUUUCUGCUUGUCUUGUGGAUCCACUGAGCUUCAGGUGCAGCACCCGUUGUUCGAAGGUGGUCUUUGUCUCAGAUGCAAGGAGAACUUCACAGAGACGCUGUUCCGUUACGAUGAAGACGGAUACCAGUCGUACUGCACCGUGUGCUGCGCCGGACAGGAAGUCAUUCUGUGUGGAAACACCAGCUGCUGCAGGUGUUUCUGUAAGGGCUGUCUGGAGAUCCUGGUGGGUCCGGGGACCUUCGACACUCUGAAGGAUAUGGAUCCGUGGAUCUGCUACAUGUGUAAACCCUCUCUGUGUGCCGGGAACCUCAAACUGAGGCCGGACUGGAGCGUCAAGGUCCAGGACUUCUUCGCCAACAACAGCGCCAUGGCCUUCGAGCCUCACAGAGUUUACCCCUCCAUCUCCGCUGAUCAGCGCCGACCAAUCAGAGUGCUCUCGCUUUUUGACGGCAUCGCAACAGGCUACCUGGUGCUCAAAGACCUGGGCUUUAAGCUCGAUCGCUACAUCGCCUCAGAGAUCUGCGAGGACUCCAUCGCUGUGGGGCUGAUAAAGCACGAGGGAAAGAUCGAAUACGUCAACGAUGUUCGAACCAUCACCAGGAAACACCUGGCGGAGUGGGGUCCGUUUGACCUUCUGAUCGGAGGCAGUCCAUGCAACGACCUCUCCAUGGUCAACCCUCUGAGAAAAGGAUUAUUCGAGGGAACUGGACGUCUGUUCUUUGAGUUUUACCGCCUGCUGACGCUCAUGAAGCCGAAGGAGGGCGACGACCGCCCGUUCUUCUGGCUGUUUGAGAACGUGGUGUUCAUGAGUGGCCACGAUAAAUCAGACAUCUGCAGAUUCCUGGAGUGUAAUCCGAUCCUCAUCGAUGCAGUGAAGGUCAGUCCUGCUCACCGAGCGCGAUACUUUUGGGGAAACCUCCCCGGCAUGAACAGACCUCUGGCUACGGCUAUGGAUGAUAAAGUCGGCCUGCAGGACUGCUUGGAACGCGGACGCAUGGCAAUGUUUGAAAAGGUCCGCACCAUCACAACAAAGUCCAACUCGAUCCGGCAGGGGAAGAUGGGCCCGCUGCCGGUCACCAUGAACGGAAAAGAGGAUUACCUGUGGUGCACGGAGAUGGAACAGAUCUUCGGCUUCCCCAAACACUACACCGAUGUGAACAACAUGGGUCGAGCUCAGAGGCAGCGAGUGCUCGGGAGAUCCUGGAGCGUCCCGGUGAUCCGACACCUGUUCGCCCCGCUGAAGGACUACUUUGAAUGUGAAUAACAACUGUGAACAACAACUGUGAACAACAACUGUGAACAGCUGAUCCUGCCUUACUAACACCACGGUAUUCAAUCUGUCCUGAUUCACUGUUCGACUUUUAGACGUGUUUUUCUCAUCGUUUUUAUCCGCUCUCACCAGCAGGCACCGACACUUCCUCCUCUCGGUGCGUUGAUCAAACUAUAAUCUACUCCUGAAGGACGAGGCGAGAUUAACGGGGGGUUAACUAUUUUUCUUUUGGGCUAAUCUCAGGUUAUCUGUUGUCACAAAGAUGGUUAAAAAACAUUUUCCUGACCGAUCAACUCAGGUGUAAAAAGUAUUAAUUCCUACAGGAAACACAAGCAGUCAAGACAUUUGUUUGCCUACCAUUAUAAUAAACAAUCAGGAUUAAAUGAGUCAGAGCUUUACUUCUAUCCAUUAUUGUUGGUUCAUCAUUUGAAAAAAGCCUUAGUAAUACUUAUUAAUAGCCUUCAUUUCCAUAUUUGGACAUCAUUUCAGGGUCUAUGCAGGAGUCCUGAAGUCAAAUGUAAGACCUUUUUUAAGACCCUUUCCACACAUUUUAAGACCUCAUCGUCACUUUGAGUUCUAACCGGUUACCUUGGCGACACACUUUACCUCACAUUGACUAUAUACAGCAUUGAUUGUCCUUCCUCCUUAUCUUCCAACCAUUUGGACGCAGACUUGCAUUUCCCCAUAACGAUGCUGUUUAACAACCGGUGUAAACGGACCUUUGCGCGCUAUCAAGCAGUGAGCGUGCGAUGUCCUGUUCAGAUGACGUCAGAUCCAACGGGAUGCCAUCAAUAAACUACACAGAAUCACACUACACACCUACGCAAUGAUUACAUUCAGGCAGACUGUAGAAUACAACCUCUUUGGACAAUUCAUAUACUUAUUGAAAACAAGCUACAAAAUGUAAAAAUGCCGUUUAAUACUUUUUAGAACUUUUUAAUAGCCUUCGUUUUCAACUUGUAAUGCUUUUUAAGACCCCGCGGACUUUAUGGCCUUUGCCAUAUCCAUAUUUGGACAUUAUCCAUAAUAUUUCUACAAGGGCUGGACCAAAUAUUCUAAGGUUUCACCAAAUUAGGAACAAAAUAUAAAUCAGAUUAUGUACGUUUCUGCAGCCCUGUUAUCAUAGUAGGAACUUUAAUUCUUCAUUCAUAGCUGGAUAUGUGGAUUAUAAAUUAACAUUUAAAUGUGCUUAAUGUGUCUGUGCAGAUACAGAUAAGACACUAAUAUCAUUUCAAUCAGGACAGACGGUUCUGAUGAAAGAAUACAUAUUUGUUGCCAGGAAUACACAAAUGAAUGUAAUGGAGUUUUGGCGAUUAGGCCCCUCAUUCAGGAGGGGAGAACCGAUCUGAUGAAACCCCCCGGGGUCUAGACCCUGGUGGUGGUGUAUGGAUAGUUGGGUUCGGUCUGAAGGGGAGGGGCUUAACUUGACCCUGGAUUCAGAGGGACAGGACGUGAAAAGGGGGAGAGGAGAGUUGCAUCGAGUCACCUGAAAUGACAGCUGUCAGAGGGGAGAGCAGAGUUAAAAAGGGUUAGCGGAGCGCUGUGAUAGGCUUGUGAGAAUAGAGCGAAGUGAUUGGUUAAGCUCGAUCACUUAUUGAGAGGAGAGACAGUAGUAACAUAGAAAUAGGAAAUUAAUGAGUAAAGACGGACUUCCUUGUUGAACUUGCGCUGAGGUUCAUUUGUUGACAUUUAUAAAAAAAAACAUUUUCGUUAAAUAACAUUUUUUUAAAAGCUCGUAAUGUUAAAGUAGGAACUUGUGUAACCAUUCAUAGCUGGAUAUUUGGAUUAUAAAUUAACAUUUAAAUGCUGCCGAUCACGUUAUAUACAUAUAAUAUAUAUUUAGUGAUUAUCUGUUAUUCAGCAUCAUUUUUAAUCCCGUUGAUCUCGCUCUGUGCUUCAGGCUCUACCUCAACAUCCAUCAGUCAGUAUUUCUGUAUUUUUACCGUAAUAUUUUACCAGGUUUCGAUCCAAACAUGUUCAUUGUCAGCUGAUUUUUGUAUACGUUUUAUGCAAAUGACAUUCAUCUCUCUGUGGUUCUUUACAGAAUCACUCACUGGUUGGUGCUAAACUCUUAUUAUCCUCCAUUAUUCUAUUACAAUGUCUGCUUUUAAUACCAAAAAUAUGUUCUGUCUAAUCAUGGAGAACAAACCAAGGCGUGUUAAAGAGCUUUUUUAUAAAAGUGACUAUUAAAGACCAGCUCGGUUCCACCUCAGGAACAAACCAUUUCUACUGGAAGAUACCAACUAAUACAGUCAUGUGUCUCUUUUUGUUUUUUUGAAGCCAUUUGGCACGAUUGAUUUUGUUUUAGAUAAAGAGGGUGAAACGUUAAAGAAAAAAGGAAAUAAAAAUAAUGAAUAAAAUGCUAAAAUCUCAUAAAAAAAUAUUAUAUUAGUUUAAUUUUUAGAAGUAGAGAAACACCAGCAGCUACUGUAAUAAAAGAUAAUUGAAAUAACAAUCAACGCAUUUAACUUGACCUCUUACGUUCAGUUUUCAGUCAUUUUUAGCGUUAAAUUAACCAACAAUGUGUAAAACUACAAAAGAUAUGGCUCCAAUAUAUCUAUGCUCAUUGGACAUUUGUUAUUAAAGUAGAAUCCCAAAAUACUUUUUGCAGCUCUGAUACAAACAAAGGAGGAGCUUCUUAAGGGCCGUGGUGAUUGUUCGAAGCCUUAUUCGUACUGAGAAUUACAAUUGAAUGUUGAUUUAAAUGCUAAAAAAGACUAAUUGGAUCCCCUGAAUGCCUUACAUUCAAAAUGUAGGAUUUUGAUAUGAUGACAGUCCUUUAUAGAAGCUUGGAAUGUGAAAUCCAAAGCCUUAAUCUUCGUUUAAUCCCAUAGUAACGUUUAUUUAGCAAACAAACCCACUGAUAUGGUCUUUAAAUCUCAGUGAGAAAUACAACAUGUGUGUUUUAACUAACUAAAAGUCUUAUUUUAGCCUUAUAAUGAACUCUUAAAUCAUCAACAGUGCUGCUAAUCUGUGCCUGAUUUAGGGUUUUAAUGUCACUUGUGUUUUUGUCGUUAAACAUGAAGAUAUUUGAGCUGCCUUCAGUGUGAAUCUGGGAUUUCCCCUGUAGUGUUUUCAACAUUUUAACUGGAGUCAAAUCAUAUUUCUGAGUCUCUUUUUACCUCAUUCUUUUGGGUGUUUUAAUUCCUGAUGGCGCUAAGCUAACGGCGCUAAGCUAACGGCGCUAAGCUAGCGGCGCUAAGCUAAAGGUGCUAAGCUAACGGUGCUAAGCUAACGGUGCUAAGCUAACGGCGCUAACCUUGCAUGUACAGUUUGUUUUUUAAUGGGCCGCAGCUCAAAAUGGAUUUCUUGUAGUCUGUUGUUGUUUUUCUGUGUGUUGAUGUUUGUUUUUUAUGAAAUGACAGUGAUAUCAGUAAAUAUUAGUGUGAUGUAAACAAAUUGAUGAUUAAAAAGUGCAAGAGGGAUUUGCAUGGGAUCUGUUUCCUUUUCAGGACUUUAUUGUUUUUACUGUUUUCUGUAAUUAAACUCAUACAUGCA